AUGCCGCCGGUCCAGUCGGAAAGUGCGCUGCCAAUGGUCCAGCCAUUGCUAAAGGAAUUCCAGCUACUCUUCUAUAUAUCCAAGAUUGCUGGGAUACUGCCGCAGGAUCUGGAGAAGUUUCGCACCAAAAAUGUGCUGGAAAAGUCGCGCAAUGGCAUGGUCUACAUGCUGGCUAUGCUGAUCGUCUAUGUACUGCUUUACAAUAUACUGAUUUACUCCUUCGGGGAGGAGGAUCGCACCCUCAAGGCCUCGCAGAGCACCUUGACCUUUGUGAUUGGGCUGUUUCUCACCUACAUUGGCCUCAUUAUGAUGGGCACGGACCAGUUAACAGCCUUGCGUAACCAGGGCCGCAUUGGAGAGCUCUACGAGCGCAUUCGUCAGGUGGACGAGCGUUUGUACAAGGAAAAGUGUGUGGUAGACAACAGCCACAUUGGGGGACGCAUUCGGUUUAUGCUAAUCAUGACGUUCCUCUUUGAGCUCUCCAUCCUGUUAGCCACGUACAUCAAGCUCGUCGAUUACACCCAAUGGAUGUCCGUUCUGUGGAUUGUCUCGGCCAUUCCCACUUUCAUCAAUACGCUGGACAAGAUUUGGUUUGCCGUCUCGCUGUAUGCGCUGAAGGAACGCUUCGAGGCCAUCAACCAGACGCUGGAAGAGCUGGUGGCCACCCACGAGAAGUUCAAGCUGUGGCUGCGCGGCGAUCAUGACACUAGCAGUCGAACGCUGGACAGCUCCCAGCCACCGGAGUAUGACAGCAAUUUGGAGUACCUGUACAGGGAGUUGGGCGGCUUGGACAUGGGCUCGCUAAAGGGAUCUGGAAAGAACAAGGUGGCGCCUGUUUCCCACUCGAUGAACUCUUUUGGCGAAUCCAUUGAGGCCUCUGACAAGGCCACUCAUCAUCCGAUAUCCGUAAAUAUGGCACACGAGAGCGAGCUAAGCAACGCGUCCAAAGUGGAGGAGAAGCUAAACAAUCUAUGCCAGGUGCACGACGAGAUCUGUGAGAUUGGCAAGGCCAUGAACGAGCUGUGGAGCUACCCGAUUCUCUCUUUGAUGGCGUAUGGAUUCUUAAUAUUCACGGCACAGCUGUAUUUCCUCUACUGCGCAACACAGUUCCAGUCGAUACCGUCACUGUUCCGCUCGGCCAAGAAUCCUUUCAUCACUGUCAUUGCAUUGAGUUAUACGUCCGGAAAGUGUGUGUAUCUCAUCUACCUGAGUUGGAAGACCUCUCUGGCCUCGAAGCGCACUGGCAUCAGCCUGCACAAGUGCGGUGUGGUCGCGGAUGAUAACUUGCUCUUCGAGAUCGUCAAUCAUUUGUCGUUGAAGCUGCUCAAUCACUCGGUGGACUUCUCCGCCUGCGGAUUCUUCACUUUGGACAUGGAAACGUUAUACGGCGUCAGUGGUGGCAUCACCAGCUACCUCAUCAUAUUGAUUCAGUUCAAUUUGGCCGCCCAGCAGGCCAAGGAGGCCAUUCAGACAUUCAAUUCGCUGAAUGAUACCGCCAGCUUGGUUGGCGCUGCCACUGAUAUGGACAAUGGUAGCUCCACUUUGUACGAUCUGGUUACCACCACCAUGCUAACGCCAACAGUUUGAAGAUGAUGCUGAUGUAU